AUUUCGAGAACUUUGUGAUAAAGAUAAAGGAAAUAAGAGCAAAAAUUAGCAUCGUUCGCGGCGAGAGUUGCGGAGUCGUUUCCAAUGUUGGAAAAGUAGGCCGGAUAGGUGUAAGAAACUUGGAGAACCGCCGCAACACCGAGCGUCUUGUUUUUACUUGUUUGAUGAGAUUUUAUUUUAAAAAUAUUGGCUGAAUUUACUGAGAUGAAUUUACUGUGCGCUAUUUGUUCGGAUCUUUUCCUGCCCUCGGACGAUGUCCACAGUACCACCUGUGGCCACAUGUUCCAUUAUGCGUGCCUUCUGCAGUGGCUGCAACGCUCUCCAACCUGCCCCCAGUGCCGGAACCGUUGCACGGAAUCGAAGCUGGUUAAAGUGUACUUCAACGUAGCGGCCAGCGCUUCGGCCGAAGACGGUGCCCAGCUGCUGGUGAAGCUGGACAACUUGACCCUGCGACUGCACGAGAGCGAAAAAUCGUUGAAAGACUCCCAGAAAAAGAAUGCGGAUCACAAGGAGGAACAGAAAAAGGUGCGCAAAAUAUUGCUCGGCCUGGAGGAUCAGCUACGUGCGAAGGAGACGGCCCUGUUCGCCUACAAACACGAGAUCGAUAUGCUGCGCGGUGAUCGGAAGCAGAUGGUAAAGAUGCAAGAGGAACUGGAUACGCUUCGACCGAAACUGGAAGCGUACGCCACAAUCAAACAGGCGCUAACGGCUACAGUGCAGGAAGUGGAACAGAUGCUGGCGAGCGAUACCCGCCGAGAAACGAUCAUUGCGUUGGCCGCCGCUCUCAAGCGGGAGCUGCAGGCACAGGAAGUGAAGCGGAAAGAGCAAAGUGAUCGAAUACACCGGCUGCAGAACGAGCUCGCAGAAGAGCGCCGUAAGCGGAAAGCCCUCGAGGAAAGCAUCUCGACUUACGAGAGUGAAAUGUAUCGACUCAACCAGCUGGUACAGCCGCAGUUGGCGAAAGAUGGUAAGGACGUAUCCACCGAUAGCAUAUCGCCCGAUGGAUCGAUCAUCGCCAACACACCCGAUCAGGCGGCCUCGGUACGCCGGAAACGCCCAAUGGCAGACGAUCUUAACAGCAGCACACCGCUGACGGAAAAGGUUCGCAAAAUUCUGACCUCAACCUCACCGUACCUGCGCAUCAAGACGAGCAACGUUGGACUAGCACCGCUAAUGCGCUCCGGUCUCAGUGCCAAACCACUGGCCAAAAGCGAUCCAAGCGACACUGCCCGCUUAGCACUCGGGAAAGGCCCUGGCAUGGUGGCUGGAUCCUUGGGCACCACAUCCAAGUUUUCCAUAUUUACCAACCAACGUCCAUCGCAUUCAAUCACAAAACCACCAAGUUUAAGAGAUCCUCUCACCGGGCUCGAUCGUGCUGCUGGUACUUCACAUCGAAAGGAAAAUAUGGAGGAAGAACUGGAACCAGAACGAAGUGAACCACCACGGUUCAAACUCACUUCAUCCACGAUUACGGCAAGACUCAAGUCGGGCAAAUUGAAACGGCAUCCUUCAACGACGGUCACGGGCGGUGGCACAUCGCUCGAAGGAAUCACAGAUCUCGAUCUGGAGGACAUCGUUAACGCAUAAAACGCAACCCGGUGUUCACAAUGGGAUCGUAUCACUUACAAUAAACGGCAUUUGUUA